GGCCAAUAUGGCGCAGGUAGACUUGCUGUGAUCAGACAUAAUGGAGGGGGAGGCCAGUACAGAGCGAUGCGAGAAGUGUUUGGCUCCGCGGCCUAAUCAGUGCGGGGAACCGCCAGAGCAGGUGCGGGCGGCGUGCGGAGAAAAGCAGGCACAUGGCGCCACCUACAGGGGGUUACUGAAUAUGAGCGAUGAGGUCCUGAUGUACAUUCUGGAUCUCCUGGACCCCUUGUCAUUGCUGUGUGUUGGUGGAGUGUGCACCGCUCUGUACAGGGUCAGCGCUACUGACAGUCUGUGGGCCAAGCACUGCCAGGUUGUCUUUGGCUCUGAUUUUAGGACGGGCUGUGGUGACUGUACCCCCAAAGAGGCUUUUAAACUUCUUUACAUUUGGAGUAAGUUGUACAGGACAUUGCCAUACAACAGGCAACUGCAAGACCUCUUUUUUUCAGGGGUUCCUCCAAAAAGGUAUUGGGUACAGUUGCUAACACUAGAAGAAACAGUUCCACUCCCCCCUAUCGAGCUUCCUGAUCAUGAAAUUGUAGACAUUUGGGGUAUAAAGCAAGAUCUCCUUGAUGAAAAACAUAAAGUUACAGAUGAGUGUCUUGAAGAGGCACAAGUGUCAAUCUUCAAAUACGAGUGGAAAGAACUGAAUAGCUUGGCACUCUCAUACCAUGGUGACUACUCCAAAAUUCAGAUGCAUGUUCUUUAUAAGAUGAAUUCUGAAUGUCAUGAUGAUCUGGAGAAGCUUUAUUGCCAGUACAGCAGAAAUCGGUUCCAGUGGCUGUUUUCCUAUUGGCUGUUUGGACUUUCCAAGUCAUGUGCCAGACAGCUGCAAAGAAUUUAUCUGUGGUGGCAAGGGUUUGAUAAAAGGAAAGUGUCCCGGUGGGGUUCUACGGAUUGUGAUGUCCAGUAUCUUGCAUCUCUUCACAAUGUCACAAUUGACUUCUGGAAUGGGCAGCUGGCCGGUCAUGAUGAGAAUAUAGGUAUUCAAACUGUGGAGAACUACUUUUCCAUGUGCAGAUCCCUCUUGGCAUGGGUAUUGGGACGUAAAUGGGGACGUUAUAAACAAAAGAAGGUAUACAGAGACACAUUGAAAGGUGUAUACCGUUCUCUGAAAUCUGAGAUGAGGGUUUCGUUGAUAAGCCAUGAACAUUUUUGGACAACAGCUAAAGUUCAGAUGUACAGAAUCUGCAGUCUUGAAGAAAUUGCUGGCAACUAUGUAAACUGGAAGCUCAUAGAUUCACUGCCAUGCUACAGAUUGUUCAUGGCUACUGGAGAGAUUUUCUACUUGGAACAAAUCAAAGGCUUCCUUUUCCGAAAGCAACUUGUGAACAACUGGAUCCUUCAAAAAGAGAAUUUAUGGUUGACCAGCCUUCUACCAGAGACCCUUUUCCAUCUACUGGAGUAUGACACCAAGAUUUAUGAAGAGAGACUCCAUGGAGAUACACUGGGGGCCCACUUAAGCAGAUUAAUCUGGCUCUAUCUGCAUUCUGGUCAGCAGAUCUACAUGGAAGCCAUGAAGGGUUUUGUUUAUGAAUGUGCUCAUGCAAGCUAUGUAUACCAGAUGUAUGAAAGUGCCAGUAUACCCUAUGUGGGUUUUUAAUAGGAAGCAUUUUUACCCUUUUUACAGUUUUUAUUUAUUUUUAGAAAACUGCACUUUUAGCAGGUUUGGUAACCUUUUUACCUCCAUAUUUAUAAACCUGUAAAAUACAUGAAUUUUUUAAAAUGCAUUAUAGGCAGCAAAAUAUUUAUCCUAAUUACUUUUUUACAGUAACUUGACUUUGUUAAAAAACAAUUUUUUUUUUUAGGUGGUUCACAUGAACUGCACUGCAUUCAUGUUAAUUGACAUGUAAUUUAGUGCAGUGCGAUUUGGAAUGGGUUUAAAUUGCACCAGACUGCAGCUGGAUCGCAUGGUCAUUUUUGUACCAUGCAAUCCGUUCCUGGCAAAGGCUCUGUUUGCCACCUGUUAGGAUUGCUGCAGAUCACAAGGGAAGUGCAAUUUUAAUGUGGUGUAAAACACUCGGAUCACUUUCCUGCAUUGGUGUAGACCUAGCCUUGGAGAAGACUUUAAAUGUGUUAUACAUAUAGGAGACACUGCAGAGCAUUUUAGAUUUGUAGAACAUUGGGGCUGUCUAAAGUUUAAAGAAGAUCUGUAGACUAGCUUUCGCAUUAAUAUUGACUUGCCUCUCAAAGCGGUCAUGUCUCUUGCAGUGUCUGGUUUCUAAAUGUAAUGCAUUUGUUGCUGCCUCUCAUUUCUUAGGUGAAUUUUCUUUAGCUUCUUUCUACUCAAUUUUUAUUUUAUUUUUUUUUCCUGUAGAAAAAACUACAAACAAGGCAUUAUGGCAGGGCAGUAUAACAAAUGACUCCAUUAAUACCAGCCUAGGUUUAAUUACUUUAGCUAGUCAAGAGUUGGUUUCAGCCAAGUCAUGGGUGCUCAACCUGUAACCCUCUAGCUGUUGCGGAACAAGUCCCAUGAGCCAUUGCAAGGCUGUUUAAGCAAGCAUGACUCCCAAAAGUAGAGGCAUGAUGAAACUUGUAGUUCAGCAACAGCCGGCGAGCCACAGGUUGAGCACCCAUGUACGAAGGAUGUUCUUGGUUCAGUACAAACAGGAGUAGGCCAUAAACUAGCUUUGGUCUUGAAUGCAGGAAGGACUAAUCUUUCUAUAGACCUUUAUUAUAAGGACUGUUUAGCUAAAAUGCAUAGUGUAUGAAGAGUGUGAGAGGUGGCCAUAUUUUUUAUUGUGGUGUAUAGCCUUUAGUGCAUCUCCAUCUUGAAAAUGUGGAUGUAGGUAUUGGAAUGAAUCAGGGCAAUAAAUACCUACUUUAUAAACCUAAA